AUGGCAUUGACAAAGGCGAAGGAGAUCGUGUCGUCCAAUUCGGUCGUCGUGUUCAGCAAGACUUAUUGCCCCUACUGCGUGAGCGUGAAGCAGCUCUUGACUCAAUUGGGAGCUAAAUUCAAGGCCAUUGAGCUGGACACUGAGAGUGAUGGAGCUCAGAUACAAUCAGCACUGGGUGAGUGGUCUGGCCAGCGGACUGUACCCAAUGUGUUCAUUGGUGGAAACCACAUUGGUGGAUGUGACACAACAACUGCCUUGCACAAGGAAGGAAAACUGGUGCCUCUGUUGUCUCAAGCUGGAGCUGUUACCAAAACUUCUGCUUAA